UGAUACAUGAAAAAGAUAUUUACGAUGAUUUGAAUAAUUAUAAAAAAUAUAAUAAAAAAGAAACCAUGAGAAAAAACGAUGAAAGCAUUAACCUUAUUUCAUCUAAUGAUCACAAUAAAAAUAACAUCAACCAUAUAAAAAAUAAUAAAUGUUAUUAUUAUAUGAUGGAUCCUUUUGUGUCUACAUAUACAAAAAAUGAUACCAUGAAAAAGGAAAAAAUGAUCCAUCCUCAAAUAAAUAAUAACAUGCAAGAUAACAAAAUAAAUAAUAAUGAAGAACAAAAAAUUGAUCUUAAUAAGGUAGAUGAAGAUAAUAUUAUUUUAACCAUUAUAUGGAAUAUAAAUAAUAUUUCUCUCUUAACGUGUAGUAACAAUAAUUUUGUUGUCUCACCAGAAUUUAAGACACAGACAAAAAUGAAGGAAUUCUUCAUACUAUUUAAUAUGAACAAUAAAAAUAAUGAGGACACCAAAAAAUGUG